AUGUCCGAGCGUGCAGGCAGUUCAAAAACCACCGCCACCAAGAAAAUCACCAAGUCCAAGCCUGCCACCCGCUCCAAGGUCGGCGUAAUUUCGACUAUAGCCGCUGCCUUGACCGCCCAGGGUGCGAACGACAAAGAGCUCACCCCUGAAGCCUACAAGCUAUUACAUGGGUUAUGCCGGGCCAAGCAGGAUUGUACCAGUAAUACCCCCAAUAUCAACUCUUCCAUCACGUCUAUCAUUCAACUCAACUCUCGUAUGCAGGUGAUGGAGUCGUGGAAGAAAAACCAUGUCAAAGCCAAGCUGCUCAAGAUCGACCACCUCUGGGAUGCAUACAGCCGACAGCAUCCAGCUGAUGCCCAAGCCGCCGAAGCCAGCAUUGACUCAUUCUGCCAAUCCACCCGCGCAAAACGCCAGGCAAGACGCAAUCGUCAAGUGAAUGAGGAGGUGGUUGGUGAGAUGGAGGUAGGAGGCAAUGACGAGGAGGAUGAACUCCCUCAAGAAGAGCCGCCACGUGCCAGUGGAGUCAAAACCAGAGGAAAGCCCAAGUCCAAGUCCAGCGCAGGAUCAUCUUCCAAGUAG